AUGAGCGAACUUAAUAAUAUGAACAACAAUUAUGUCGAGCUUUAUAACGACGUCUAUCAACCGGAAAGCUUCAAUUUUAAUAACCCCAAUCCUCCAAUUCAAAUGCCCAUUAAUUUGCAAGCCCAACAGCCACCUGCUCAAGAUGUCCGUGUUAAUAUGAUGUCUAUGAAUACUGUCGGCUACAACAAUACUGAAAAUCGUACAGCAUUGUAUCAAGUGAACGAACCCACAAGCUCUGAAUAUAUGGUUAUAAGAGAAGAGCAAACUCAAUCAGUGUUAGGCAGUGUAUCAGCUAAUGCUAGCUUUGGCGAAGUGUUAGCUUUAACUCAAAUGUGA